AUGUUUGGGAAUCUUUUUGAGGAAGAGGUGGAGGAAGGCUUCUCUUUGACCUCCUCCAGGGGGAGAGUUGCAAAGGUGGGAGACGAGCCACCUGCACCCCGAGGAAGAAGCAAUCUUUGCGGCAUCAAGAACCAGGGGGGCACCUGCUACCUCAACUCUCUGCUCCAGACCCUGCUGUUCACCCCAGAGUUCAGAGAGGAGCUGUUCAGUUUGGGAGCAGAUGAAUUAGGAUGCCUGGAAGACAAAGAGAAACCAGGUGCCAAAGUCAGAGUGAUCCCACUGGAGCUACAGAGACUGUUCGCCAGUCUGCUGCUGGUCGACCAGCAAAGCGCCUCCACUGCCGACCUCACUGACAGUUUUGGCUGGAACAACAGCGAGGGAACAAAUCAGCAUGAUGUGCAGGAGCUGAACAGGAUUCUGUUCAGUGCGUUGGAGCACUCUCUUGUGGGAACCACUGGUACCACGUUUAUCCACCAGCUGUAUCAUGGGACCAUUGUCAACAGCAUCGUCUGCAAGGAGUGUGGUAACGUCAGCCAGAGACAGGAGGACUUCCUGGACCUGACUGUGUGCGUUUGUGGUGUGUCUAGCCUGGAGGAGGCUUUGUGGAACAUGUUUGUGGAGGAAGAGUUGUUUGAGGGUAAUAACCUGUACCGCUGUGCACAGUGUGACAGGCUGGUCACUGCUGCCAAGUCUGCCAAGCUGAAGAAGCUCCCUCCAUUCAUGACCAUGUCUUUGCUGAGAUUCAGCUUUGACUAUGCCAAAUGUGAGCGAUACAAGGAGACGGGACGCUACAGUUUCCCCUUAACCAUCAACCUUCAGCCAUUUUGUGAAGAGAGCGAUGGAGACGACUCUGAUUACUCCUACGAGCUGUUCUCUGUGAUCAUCCAUAAGGGUGGCUGCUAUGGUGGACAUUACCAUGUUCAUAUCAGGGACAUUGACCAGCUUGGCCAAUGGGAACCGCCGGAGGAGGAACACAAACCCAAGACUCAGAAGAAAUUCAAAGAGGAGGUCAAGCAAGUGUGUGAGCCAAAACUAAAAGAAGACGACCCUUUGUCUGUCAUCACAGCUAUUAUUGCCCAGGAGCCAUCAAAGAGUGUCCUGUCGGACCAGCUGGGACAGAAGAUCAUGAAUAAGAUUGGUUCAUCCUGGAGCAAAAAGUUCAGAAAACACUGUGGUCCCAUAGGAAAGUUCCUGCAGUCCCACAAUGAUGUUUUCAUGUUGGUGUCUAAUGGUACUCGAGUGGCACUGAAGACAAACCCUCCAUGCCCCGUAACUGAGCCCCCCGGCCCAGCAGAGCAGACCCCUGAUUCUGAUCCUUCAACACCGUCAGACCCUGGAGCAGCUGAACAACAGCCAGGACUAGAGCAUGAACAAACGCAGGGUAGCCACUGGUUUGACCUGAACGACUCCACCGUGACCUCCAUCAGGGAGUCUGACAUAGAGAAGCAGUUCCAGGGCAAAGAGAGUGCAUACAUGCUGUUCUACAGAAAAACACAGCUGCACAGGCCCAGUGAAGCUCUGAACAAUCUCCAAUAUAAAGUUCCUGUUAACUUCGUCCAGAUGGCUCAGGAGGAGAACAUCAAAGUGCAGAAACUGCGUGAGGAGUUUGAAUCGACUAACAACACCGUGGAGCUGCGUCUCCACCUGGCACCCUCUUAUAGGCUUGAAAAUGGAGCCUUGCAACCAAUCAGCAAAGAGCAGAACGCCUCUCUGAGUUUCGACCGUAGAAAGACUGUGGGAGAUCUUCGAUUAGCUAUUUAUCAGAUGCAGGAACUCUGGGAAGGGGAUAUGGCUCUGACUGUGGCCAGGAGUCUUCCUGCAGGUCUACACCUCUACAACACUGUUACAGAUGACUGUGUCUCCCUGUACAGUGCAGGCAUUUGUACAAACUCUGACCUGUUUGUGUGGAACGGCAGAGAGGUUUGUGGUGCGACUGUCCUAACCGGAGCCGAGUGGGAGCCAGUGCUGCUGAAUGUAGUCCGUCCCUUUUUGGGGGAAGAUGGGGAUCAGGAGGAGGAGGAGGAUGAUCGGGUGGCGUGUGAGGAGGGAAGUGCAGGUUUUGAAAAUGGAGGGCCAGGGCUUAAAAAGGAGGCCAGAGGGUUUGCAGGUGCCGCGACACUUGGGCAGGUGAGGGAGGCACUGGGGGAGCCUGUGGAGAGUCUACUGUGCCAAGAGCAUAAGGGCAGAAAGAGGGGGGAACAGGGGGCAGGGGAGGGAGGAGGGGCAAGUGGAUGGAGGGUGUUCCCCCCCGAUGACAUGCAACGGACGCUCAAGGAGCUGUCGCUGAAAGACGGAGACGCUCUGCUGGUGCUGGAGCCGCAGUCCUUCGACAGCAGCGUGUUCACUCUAAACGGAGACGUUGUCACUGUGACUACACCGUCUGACUGCCGCUGGCUCCAGGUGGAGCUACGACCACAUGGAGGUGGAGGAGAAGAGGAGAGGAGGAAGAUCAAGGUUCCAGCUGCAGGAAAUAUGCUGCUGUGUGAGGUGAAACAGAGGGCCAUAGAGGAGCUGCAGCUACCAGAGCAACCCCCAGGUGCACAGUACUGUCUGAGACAGAUGGACUGCACAGGGAAACUCCUUCCUCCAGUGUGUGAAGAGUUGAGUGUUCGGGAUGCAGGAGUGCGACUCAUGACCACACUGACUCUCUGUCCGGGAAAUGCCCCCAAGGCAUCACAGCUUUUCUUGCACUUCUCUGUGGGCACAGCGCCCUCUGCUGGCAUGGAGAUGGACAUACUUGUGGAGAAAACUUGUACCGUAAAAGAGUGUCUAAAGGCAAUGCUGGAUGACGUUGGACUUGAUGGCUCCUGUUGGCACUUACGGAGGCUCGAUUGGUGUGAGGAUGUUGGAGAGCCAAUUAUGAAUGAGGAUGCUUCUCUGUCAGAGCUGAAGAUAAACAAUGGAGAGACAUUAAUCGUCACAGAAGGACAACUUCCUCCGAAGGGUUUUCUCAAGUUAUCUGUGUGGCUGUAUCUGGAUCCCAGAAGCAACUCUGAAGUUUCCAUGGAUUUUAAUCCCACGGACAACGGCCACACUGAGGAGCAAAUGCUGGAGGCUGUGACAGCCGGUGAAACUCGCAGUCACUCGCUACUCAUGAUGGCCGGCAACAUGGCAGAGAUGAGAAGUGCAGGACACGUGGAGAUAUCAGACGAGGCGACCCUGGAGGAUCUCAAGACUCAGGUGUUGACGCUGCCUGCCCUUCAGGAUGUGUGUGCGCCAACCACUGCGUUCAUGCGUGUGUGGCAGCUUGAGGGACGAAGCCUGGAACGUAUCCUCAGAGGACAACAGCUCACACUCAAGAAACUAAAGCUGACCAAUGGUACGGAGCUUUGUGUGCAGCAGCUUCUAAAAGAAGAAGAGCUUGGUCUUAAAGAUGUGAUGCUGAAUGUUAAAAUGGGAGUCCCCGGGGAGAGGUGUUUCUAUCCUCUAGAGGAGCUGGUUUGGGAUGCAACCCGUGACUCUUCUCCUCGCUCUCUACGCACUUGUCUGGCUGCACACUACGGCCUCUCCCCUGACUCUCUGCUGUUGGCCAAACACCAGCCGGACAAACACACCUGGGAGGAAGUCUCAAACUGGAACCAGCAGGUUUCCAAAAAGAAAAAGAAGAGAAAGGCAGAGUCACUACUGGGAGCACCAUUUCACCUCAAAGAUGGCGACACAAUCGGCCUCAAGAAUCUUUUGAUUGACAACAACAGGGACUUCCUCACCCUGGAGGACGAGCGGGGCCAGCAGAGGCUCAGAGAGCAGGCCGAGCAGCGCAGGAAAGGAGGGCAGGCUGCAGGCUCUGAUGGUGUCCGACCACAGAAGAAGACUGGAUCAACCAAAUCCAGGAAACCAGAGGUAGCGCUGUCGAUCAACGUUGGGGUAUUUAGAUAGCACCCUGCUCCCGUGGGUGCAUGGACAAAUCAGAACUACCUAUGCAACACCACAUGCGCAUGUCGGUGUUGCAUUUGCUCUGCAUUAUUUCAAUGCAAUAUUACUCGAUUUCUUCUUAGGUGCCCUAUGUUUGUCUUUCAUCUAUCAACGGGAUUUCUUAAUUGCAACCACCACACGCCCUUAUUUAAUGGAAUUGCGUUGCUUUCUUUUUUUUCGGAGGCAUAUUCUAAGACUGUGUGACCUUGAAGAACCUUUUUUUUUUUUUUUUUGCAUCAUGCAUCAGUAGGUCAUUUGUAACCUUGUACUUAUGAGCACAGAGAAAACAGUUUCUACUUCAAGUGUUGUUUUGGUAUUACAGUACAAGCUGGCAGUUAUAAACUGACACUGGAGUUUCUAUCUCAUAUACUGUUGUGUGUUUAUAAACUAUAGCAAUCAGGUGGAUUACAGACUUGUAGCCACCAGCCCAGUGGCUUUAAAAAAAGAAAUCGACCAUCAUUAAGUCGUCUUGUUGUUCAUAAGGGGUUUUAAGUGAUGCUCAUUUUUAUGAUAAACCUGUCACUGUGCACCAAGAACACAAAUGUUUAUCUGGAUCAUGGGGCUUGUCUUAGGUUGAUAAAGGAGAGGAGAGAUAGGCCUUAACGUGGAGAAGCAUUAAUGCUGCUCCGUCCUCCCUACCUCGCUCUCUACCUCUCUCGUUCUACCUCUGCUGCCCUGCCUGUAUUUCAUUCAUAAUGACAUUUUUCUAACUUAAAACCUCUGCUUUGUUUGUCAACUUUGGUUUAAAAAGUAUUUCAGUAACACAUAGUUUUUGAUAAAUUGGCUCCUUUGCAUUUUCCAUUCAAAGUUUGACAUGACACAACUGUUAAGGUGUACAUUGUCUGGCUUUGUCAUUUUUUAUUGGACAUGAUCCACCCUCUUUAGAGCUGUAAUUUAAAGCAGACUGUCUUCGUUUUUUAUCUCACACUAUCAUUUUACAACUGUAUGGAGCUAAACUUUAUUGUGUUAUGUAACAAUCUAUGACGCCAGAAGAAUUUGCUACUUCAGGAAUAUACUGUAAAACAUUCAAAUCCUUUCUGCCACUAUCCUCCUUCAUUACGUAAAAGUAAAGAUCCCCGAGUUGCUCCAAGAGUUUUCAAUGUGAAACAUUUAAUGUUUAAUUUGCAUGCAAUAUAUGUGAACUUCAGGGAAGUAAAAAAAUAAACAUAUAGAUAAUUUAUUUAAAAAAAAGGUGACAGAAUAAUUUUGUUACUGUAUAAAUUGUGAUGUUUUCUUUGGAGAGCAAUCUGAUUUUGUUAUACAAUACUUUUUAUACUGCUUGCAGGUUGUUUCAUGUAUAAAUCUGGCCUGAUCAGUGCUAAGAAUUUGCAAGUAGUACAUUUAAUCUUUUUAUCUUGACAAUAUACUUAUCAUUAACUAGUGUUAUUGAUUACAUCUUUGGUGUUAAUGAGGACUGCUCUACUGUAUUAUGACAGUGGACAUCUGUUUGUAUCCCUGUCAGAUUGUAUUUGCAGGAAAUAAAUAAAUAAAGAUAUACCGUAGUAA